AUGUCGAGCGGCACGAUCAACGACAUUUUGAAUUCUGAUGACCUUCAACGAUGUUUUUCUUUGUACGUUAUUAUUUUUGUUUAUUUUUAAGUUUACUUAUUGAAAGUUUUGUUAUUGUCUUCUUUGGUCUUUACUUUGUAAAUCCUGUUACAUUAAAAAACAUAUGUAAAACAAACUGCAAGUUGACGCCUAGGCUAACCGAUCCAAUGCAGUUAAACUUAAAGUACAUUUUGACCACGAACUUUAUUUUAUUGCAACUUCUUGACAAUUUAUUUCUAUUAUACUCAUCGAUUUAUUUUUAGUCUACCCAUCAAAGAUCGUGUCAGGUGUAGCCAAGUGUGUAAAAGAUGGAAACAAGCUCUAGAAGUGUGGUCUGAUGUAGAGAAUGUCUUUUUGGGUCAGGAUACAUCAUGUUUUGCUACUGAAACUGCAUCCUCGAUUGUUGAGCCGUCGCACAGUAAUAGAGCUAACGUUUGGGCUGUAAGUUGCUUUAGUCAUCUUUUAUGUCGUAACUCUUGUAUAUACUAAAACUGUUUUUAAAUCAGUGUUGUUUGAAUAAAUAUUUUUAACUUUUAAUAAUUUUCAAAAAUAAAAGCAUUUCAGACAAAGACCUUGCCAGCUUUGUUGCCUAAAUGUCCGAAUCUAAAAGUUUUGAUAGUCGAAAACCGUGAUGUGAUGCAAUUCGUCUACCCUACAAUCAACAAUCUCUCCAGAAUCAACACCUUAGUCUUGUCGCACGAUUUCUUCUCCCUCGACUUCAGAAGUCGUUCUCCAUCGUAUCUAAACUUACUGGUCAACAAAUCGACUAUAAAGCGACUCUUCGUACUGGUCAACUCUAAAUUCAUACUCAACAAGACUAAUAUAGUGACGUUGAGGGCAGUGGAGAAGAUGGCUAGUGCUGAUUUGAGUGAAAUUAUGCUACAAGGGACGUUAUUAGGUGCGAAGGCUAUGGAAUGUUUGGCUAUGAAGUACAGGAACAGCUUGAGGUACCUACUGAUUGGAGGCACGGUGUGUGACUCUAGAAAAGCAGAAGAGUAUUUGAAGGCGUUUGGUAAGGAUUUUAAAAGAUUUUGUUACCUAUUUUGUUAAAAAAAGCUUUUUAAAAUAUAAAACGUUCAAUUUUAGGUAUCUUUUCCAACCUUGAAAUUCUACAAGUACCGUCAUCCGUCUUCUCUUUCUCACGAGACCAAAUACCAUCAUAUCUCUCGAACAUAAAGAAGAUUACCACGUUGAAACGCCUUGAUGUUGCUGUAGUUGAAAUUGAUCGUCGAAGUAUCAGAAACUUUAUCACUAAUCAUUUACCGCCAAAUUUGGAAUUAUUGUACUUGAUUGACAACUGUGGAGGAGGAGGGUUGGAUAUCAGCGAAUUUCAAAGUAUUCGACCGGAGCUAAAGGUAUGGUGAAUUAUUAAUAAGGUCGUUCAAAUAAGUAGGUGCCCGCUUUCAAAAUUUUUCGGGUUAAGGGGCUCAAAAUUAAUUGAACAACAAUAACUAGUUUUUUUUUAUAAAUAAAUUUUUGUUAUUAAUACGGUGGCUUACUGUAAUUUUAGUCAAAAUAUAAGAAACAAUGUAGUACAAGUUACCUGUUUUGACAUUAAUAUUAAACAUGUUUCAGAUUCACUAUAUUUUUGGACCAACUAACAAGAAAAUUGACUUGGCUUGGAUGAACAACGAAUCAAACCUACAGUACCGGCCGUACUGGCUGCCUCCCUACUUCCAGCCGAUCGAAAAUUUUGCCGUUCUUAUCACUAACCAGAUGUUAACAGCUCAACAACGGAACCCUCAGUUUUCUCAUCUUGACUUUGACGAAGACGAAGCCAACCAAGAACAGAUUCUGGAGCUAGAAGUUGAUGACAAAACGACAGAAGCAACUAGGACAACUCAAAGUACGGACAGCCUAUUGUCGACGGCAUCGCUGCUGUUGGCACGGUCAGAAACUUCUGGAAGCGAGGAGAGUGAUUCGGAAGAUGGUACUCCCGACAGCACGUCUGCUCGCAGUAGCGGUUAA